CGGAGAGGUUAGAUUUAAAGGCACUCAGGAGAAUAAGUCAUGAUGUUUCUCGUGUUUGUCCUGUUAGUAUCUCAGUGCUCGUCGCUCACCAGUCAACAGUGUCACCACUGUGAACAAACAUCCUGCGACUGCUCGAGCCAAAACCUUCGGGAAGUCCCUGCAGCCGCUUCAAAACUCAUCACUGAGCUCGAUCUCUCUUUUAACGCACUGGAGACGAUAAUGAAAGAUGACUUUCUUUCAUAUGCCGCUUUGAGGGCUUUGUUCGUGAAUAACAACAGGAUCAAAACCAUCCAUGAAGACGCAUUUCACCCACUGAUUCAUUUGGAGAAACUGGACUUGUCCUCAAACCAGUUGGAGACUUUGUCUUCUGGUUGGUUUCAGAACCUGAUUUCUCUCCACUACUUGAAUCUUUUGGGAAACAAAUAUUCAACACUGGGUCAGGGAAACCUUUUCCUGCCACUGAGGAGCUUGAAGACCCUCCAUUUUGGAGGUCGUUUCCUUCAGUCUGUCAGUAAAAGGGAUUUUUCUGGCCUUUUUGGUAUUGAGGAACUUGUUUUUGAAGGAAAUCAUCUGCAAGUAUAUGAAAGCGAAAGUCUGAGACAAAUUGGACCCAUUAGCCAUGUAACACUUAGUCUCAAUGGAGUAUUUCAGAGAGAUUUAAGAGUAGUACAAGCUAUAUUGUUAGACGUUGUUCAUCCAAACACAACAGUGACAUUCACUGACACACAGUUUGAAAGACGUUUGCAAAUGUCCCCAGUUCAUGUGGUCAUCGAGCGUGGUGCUACAGGUCUUAGUUUUAAAAAUGUGAACAUGUCUGUGUCAGCUUGUGUACAACUUGUGAAUUUUUUGUCAGGCUCUGAACUCACCAGUGUUGCCAUUGAAGAUUCACAAUUCUUUGAAGAUGAAGAAGUCUUUCUUGUUGACAUAAACCUGAAAGGCUUGGAGGUCAUUUUUCUCAGAAACAUUGAUAUUGUUUGGUUCUACCGUUUUCCUGAACUCAGUUUUAUGCAAAAUAUACUGACUGUAGUAAGAAGGGCAUCUGUGAUAAACUCCAAGGUGUUUGCCAUUCCUUGCCAAUCCACUAUCCAUUUCACAAACCUGGAGUUUUUGGAUAUCAGUGACAACACAGUCGUGGAUCGUGCACUUAUGGAAAUGAUGUGUUAUGGAAAGGAGGAUGUCCUUCUAAAUCUCCACACACUCAACAUCAGCAGAAAUCGUUUGUUUUUAAUCAACAGCGAGCUUUUCACUAAACUAGUAAAGCUGGAAAACCUCGAUAUGAGUGGAAACCCAUUUGACAGCAUGCCUUUGACUUGUUCCUGGCCAGCAAGUCUCAAGUUCUUAAACCUUUCGUCAACUUCUCUUCCUGAGGUGACAUCCUGCCUACCACAGAGCCUACAGAUCCUUGAUUUAUCCAGAAAUAAACUGACUGUCUUUAACAUUGAAUUGCCGCUUCUCAAAGAGCUGUACAUCUCUGGCAACAAGCUUGGAAAUCUUCCUGAUGGGCAUUUAUACCUCAGCCUUGCAGUUCUCUCCAUUCAAGACAACAACUUGGCCAAAUUCAACAGUAAAAACUUGCAUGAUUACCAGAGCCUGAGGGUUCUGGAAGCUGCUGGCAACCCUUACGUCUGUUCAUGUGACUUCGUAGGUUUUGUGACAAAUGACUUGAUGAACCACGAAACUGUAGUUAGAGGCAACUUAAAGUCUUAUAUCUGUGACUCUCCCGAUGCAGUGAGGGGGGAGAGAGUAUCAGACGUGAAGCCGUCAGUGUUUGAGUGCCACACAGCUUUAGCGAUUUCUUUGCUCUGCUUAGGCAUCCUGGUGCUGUGUGUGCUCAUUGCAGGUCUGUGUUAUAAGUUCAGCGUUGUGUGGUACAUGAAGAUGACCUGGGCAUGGCUAAAAGCAAAGAGAAAGCCAAAGUUGAAGAAGGGAGUGCUCCAGUACGAUGCCUUUGUGUCCUACAGUGAAAUGGACUCUGGCUGGGUGGAGGCGCAUCUGAUCCCGGCCCUCGAGCAGUCGGAACCGCCCCUCCGACUCUGCCUCCACAAGAGAGACUUUGUUCCCGGAGGAUGGAUUGUAGACAACAUCAUGGACGCUAUAGAGAAGAGUCACAGAACGCUCUUCAUCCUCUCCCAGAACUUUGUCAGAAGCGAGUGGUGCAAGUACGAGCUUGACUACACCCAUUUUAGAUUGUUUGAUCAAAACGAUGACGCAGUUGUGCUGAUUCUACUGGAGCCCAUUGACAAAAAGAACAUCCCCAAAAAGUUCAUCAGGCUGCGGAAAGUGAUGAACUCCAGGACGUACCUGGAGUGGCCUGAUGAUGAAGAUCAGAUCCCAGCGUUCUGGCAAAGUCUGAGAACAGCGAUUGAAACACCUGAAAUUGACGAUACAAACAAUCUAUAAAAGUAUUUAUAGUUAGAAAUAUUAAAAUCAGUGUACAUUCAAAA